AACGAAGCCACGUACAAACUUUGGGGGCCGACCUGAUUUCUCUUCACGCCUUCACCCAAAGGAAUAUUACCAAGCAUAAGAAACCUGUUUUCUUCGGGACAAACGCCCAUCCAGAUUAGACAACACGGCAGUUCAGCUUUGAGAAUGGAGAUCCCAACAGUGGACAUAAGCCAGAUAUCGUCUUCGACAAGCACACAAGAACCCCAGAUUGAGGAAUUUCAAGCCGUUGGCAAGCAAUUAUACAGGGCCUUCUCCGACUUUGGCUUUGUCUACUUGGCCAAUCAUGGGAUCGAUCCUCAAGCGGUGGAGAACAUGUUCCAAUCGUCGAGGGUCUUUUUCAAUCUCAACGACAAGGAAAAACUCAGUUGUGCCAGAGACUCUAUCACGACACAGGGUUAUAAUCCACCUGGACUGGAGUCUUUGGAUAAAUUGAAAAAUGGGACCACAGAGAAUGAAGUAUUUGAAUUGAGAGAAGCCUUUGACGUGCACAGACUGGACGAGAAGGCCAUGUUCCCGGACUCGCUCGUCCCAAAAUGGAGGGGACAAUUCUGCAAGUUGGCCGAGAGUUUGAAAUUCUUGACACAGAGACUAUUAAAAGCUUUGGCCUUGAGCUUGGACUUGAACCCGGACUUUUUUGCGAGAUGCCACAAACACCUUCUGACCGAGGGCAAUUGGUCGAUCUUGCGGUCUCUGUUCUAUCCACCCAUUCCAGGUCAAGUAAAACCGGGCACCGUUAGAUGUCCCGAACAUUCCGACUAUGGUACCAUCACCAUACUCCUUCAAGACGACCUGGGCGGGUUAGAAGUACAAGGCACCCAAGGUCAGUGGAUUUCGGCCAAGCCCGAAAAAGGACACGUUUUGGUCAAUAUGGGCGAUAUGAUGGAGGUGAUGACCAACGGUCAGUUUCCUGCUACAGUUCAUAGAGUGGUCAUACCCAAAGAGGAGACUCUUCGCCAGAAACCACGUCAAUCGUUCGUGUUCUUUGUUAAUCCAGACGACGAGACCGUGGUGAAACCGAUUUAUCGCUUGGAUCAGCCCAUUUCCCCUCGAUUUCAAAUCAACCAGACAGCUUGGGAGUUUCAAAACGAUCUGUUCAAGAAAACAUAUGGCUAAAAGGGAAAUAAAACUUCAUGUCCA